GGAAGUCUCGCGAUAACACCCGGUGGUUACCAGGGGAACCGGAGCGCGAGAAGUUGCGGUUGUUUGCUUUGCUCUCACUGAGUGACAUGAACGCCGGAGAUAGAGCGGAACUUCUCCAAAUCACAGGCAAUCUCGUCAGAAAACACACCAUUCUGCAUAAUGCCAUCACCACAGGUCCUCCAGCCUGUUCUGAAGAUGAAGGUGGACGAGCUCUUUCUCAACUGGUUAAGUGAUCCUGCAACACAGUCACUACUCAAGGAUUAUCUUGACCUAAUCAAAAGUGGGCAAGACAUUGAUUUGAUGAGCGGGGAACCCCAGAACAAACGCUUGAUGACCUUCAAUGAGAACAACAAUGUGGCAUCCCAGAAGAACCUGGCGGAGAAGAAGCCUGCUCCACUUGGUACUCCCUCCAGCCCGCCAUCCACCAGCACCCUGCCCUCUGGUUGUGGCAGUAAUACAAGAGUGACAGGACCCAAUGGCCGAGUACUACGGAGAUCAGUCAGCACGAAAAAGGCCCAGGUGAGGACCGAGGAGCCCGUCACCACCGCGCUGAGUGAGAGCAUUCCAAAAUUUCACUUCCCACAGGGCCGGCCUCAAGCCAACCAAAACAUCGACAGCCUCAUUUCCAAAAUUGAGAAAAUAUUUUCAGAAUUCCCAAAUGAAAGGGCCACCAUUGAGGACAUGGGGCAGGUUGCCAAGGCCUGUGAGUGCCCUCUUUACUGGAAAGCGCCAUUGUUCUGCUUGGCUGGAGGCGACAGGACGGGCUUCGUGUCUGUUCACAAGUUCGUGGCGAUGUGGAGAAAAACUCUGCUGACCUAUCACGACGACGCUUCUAAAUUUGUGCACCUCCUGGCCAAGCCUGGCUGUAAUUACCUGGAACAAGACGACUUUAUUCCAUUCCUGCAGGAUGUUGUGAACUCACACCCAGGCCUGGCUUUUUUAAAGGAGGCGCCAGACUUUCACUCCAGAUACAUCACCACGGUGAUUCAGAGGAUAUUCUACAACGCAAACCGGUCGUGGAACGGGAAAUUAACACGUUCAGAGCUCAGGAAAAGUAACUUUCUUCAGAAUCUGGCUUUGCUGGAGCAGGAAGAGGACGUGAACCAGCUGACCGAGUUCUUCUCCUACGAACAUUUCUACGUCAUCUACUGCAAGUUCUGGGAGCUGGACACCGACCACGACCUUUUCAUCGACCAGAAGGACCUGGCACAGCACAACGACCAAGCCAUCUCCCAUAAGAUGAUUGAGAGAAUAUUCUCAGGAACGGUAACAAGGCAAGUGAAAAUAGACAGACGGGUGCAUAAGGAAGGGCGGCUGAGUUACGCCGACUUCGUCUGGUUCCUCAUCUCUGAAGAAGACAAGAAGACUGACACCAGUAUAGAGUACUGGUUCCGCUGCAUGGACCUGGACGGGGACGGGGUGCUCAGCAUGUACGAGCUGGAGUAUUUCUACGAGGAGCAGUGUCAGAAGCUGGAGACCAUGGCCAUCGAGCCCCUUCCCUUCGAGGACUGCCUGUGCCAAAUGCUGGACCUUGUCAAACCGGAGGUCGAAGGUAAGAUCACCCUGCGGGACCUUAAGAGGUGCAAGCUGUCCCACAUCUUCUUCGACACGUUCUUCAACAUAGAGAAGUACCUGGACCACGAGCAGAAGGACCCGUUCUCCGUCAUCAGGGAGGUGGAGACAGACGGACAGGAGGUCUCGGACUGGGAGAAAUACGCCGCGGAGGAGUACGACAUCCUGGUGGCUGAAGAGGCCGCCAACGAUCAGUGCAACGACGUGAACACCACCGACUUCUAAAGACAGACUGCUAACCAGAGCAGGUAUGAAAAUCCCCUCAGCCCUAUAGGGCAGCACAUCUCCAGUGACCUGGGCCUGUCAAAGAGACACUUCUUUGAGAUCCCGAGUCCGCACUGCAACCUGGACCUGGACGAGUACGAGUACGAAGACGACUUUGAAUGACCCUCCAUCCUGCAGGGUUCUCUCACACACACAGCUGAAGCAGCAGCAGUUAGUGGAUGAAUCGCAUCAGGCGUAAUAAAAAAAUAAUAGACUUGCAGGUUGAGGCGAAGGUUCCCCGACCUGCAUGACAGGACCCACUGCAAUAAACGGAAUGACCGCUACGCCAGAAGACACUGGAGGAGGAGCACGGGCGGGGGUCAGAAUUUCUGGAGGAUUUCAAAACUGUAUUAUGUGUGAGAAACAGGAAAUGUGAAGCAGUUGGAGCACAAUGGUGUAUUAUACCGGAUGAUUUGAAUAGUGUUUCUGAUACAGAGACCAGUAUCUGUCUCUCAGACUGCCUAAAAUGCUGUGUCAGGGAUUGUAGAACAAAUUGGAGCCCAAAUAAAGGACUGGUUUCAGGUCAAAAUCAAGUGACAAUAAGAAACCACAGCAGUGUGGUGCUAGCAGAGAGUUUGCAGAGCUAGCAACAUGUCAGAAAUCAGUGUCCUCCCUCAAAUAUUAUAUUAUAUUAUUAUGUGCAUUUUUCAUCUCAGUAUCAGAGGGGUACUCAAGGUUAGGUAUCAGAACCUUUCCUGUGUCUGUACGUCUGUAGUUUGAAUAAUGUCCCGUUACACUUUAAGAAGUAACACCAGCUGAUAACGACACAAGCUCCGCCCCCUCUCGUUAACACAUUAGAAGUUGUGAUUUGUAUGUUAAGCUUUGUACAGAAUAAUGUUUGGGACAAGUGCCGUGUAACCACACUCACAUGAGCUGAAUCACUUUCUUUGCACACUGGAGCUUGCUGGAUUUUUUGCACAGAGAACACGUAAAUUUGAUUCAGGUUUUGAACUAAUUACCAUCUGACGUCAUUGGCUAAUGUUACAUUCCAGUGAUAAUGGAAAGCUGUAAAUUAAUUCGUGGUUGUUUUGAUGAAAUAUAGAGUUGCUGUAAAUGCCAAAUAAGCCACCGUAAAGCCUGCUGUACACACGAGCACACCGUGCAGACUGCCACACAGAGUAUAUUGUACAGGUCUGAGUUCAUUAUGAUGUAGAGCUACAGUCUGAGUGCGAUGGGUUAUAAAUUAUUAGAGAUGGAUUUAUAAAUAAGUGUAAAUAUUUAUUUGGUGCUUGCUGUGUUGUAAAUGACUUGGGCAAGUGUUUUAGAGAUGUUGUUUUUCUAUGUUAUAAAGUCGUUUGAAUGUACUUUCACAGAACAAAGGGAACCAAUUUUAAAAUGUUGUGUUUUUCUUUAAAUUGAUAAUAAAGCCUUGGUUAAUGGAAGAGUA